UUGCUCUCGUUAUCGGUUAUCCCUUCACUGUGUCUGUGCGUGCUGUGUCAUCGCUAGAACAAGAAUAUGGCACUUCCCCUUCUUCGAAUUCCCGCCAUUCCCCUUACCAACCACCAACCCAACGCCCGCCGCAAAACCACCACGCCCACGGCGGAGCUCCAAACGGCGGUGGCGCGGACCGGUUACCAGUCUCCGUCUGUUGGUGUUCCCACUCAUAAGGUCACAGUCCACGACAGACAACGAGGAAUCGUUCACGAGUUCCUCGUACCCGAGGACCAAUAUAUAUUACAUACUGCUGAGUCCCAGAAUAUUAACCUUCCAUUCGCCUGCAGGCAUGGUUGUUGUACUAGCUGUGCUGUUCGUAUAAAAGAUGGACAGAUUAGGCAACCAGAGGCACUUGGGAUAUCUGCCGAGUUGAGAGAGAAGGGUUAUGCACUUCUUUGUGUGGGCUUCCCAACCUCUGAUGUUGAAGUGGAAACUCAAGAUGAAGAUGAGGUAUAUUGGCUUCAAUUUGGACGUUAUUUUGCUCGAGGACCAGUGGAAAGAGAUGACUAUGCCUUGGAGUUGGCCAUGGGUGACGAGUAAGCAAUGUAGAAAAUCUGACAAUUAGUGGAGCAAAGAAUGUGAAUAUUCUGUUUCCCUUAUUUUUUAAACAUUUCUAGUUCUACUAUGUUUUCUUGUCUCCCCCACUAAAUAUUCUAUUGUGAGAAUUCCAAGUAAAACCCCGUGCUAUAUCUUUUUCCCUAUUUGGCAUGGUAUAGAAGAUGUGGGUAUAUUCCUGUUUAAGGUUCAA